AUGACUAUCCUUGACCCCUUCAUCAACAUACUUUCCAAAGACCCUUAUACAGCGCUUCAAAACAUCUCGGGGCAGGACUCGCAUAUCUUGAUCGUCUCCGGCUUUUUCCCUCUCGCAAAGUCCAAGCAUCCGAUGGACGACUACUCUGCCUGGCUUGCGCGCUUCCUCACGCCUAUCACAACUGAAAUCUAUUUCUUCUGUCCCCCAGAUAUCGCCCCUAUGAUACAAUCCCUUCGAGGCGAUCUCCCCAUAACUAUCAAUACGUCUUUUUCCACACCUUUCGACAUCCCACCCUUGCGCGGACUCGAGUCCCGUUACGACGAGAUGCACGCUUGGGACCGCGAGGCGUUUCGACACUCACCUGAAUUAUAUGCAGUGUGGUCUGCGAAGGCAUUCUUCCUGGACGAAGGCGUCAAAAAUGCUAGAGGUUCCGCAGAGUACGACUAUGCGUUCUGGAACGACGCAGGAAGUUUUCGGGAUGAGCAUGCGUUGGCGGCGUGGCCGGACGGCAGGAGGGUCGAUGAGGUGUUCGAAAUGGCUUCUGUGCUGAAUCGUGUUCCUAAAGAGGAUAUUAUAUUCAUUCCAAUGUGGUGGAUGCCUGACUACAGUCUGGGCUCCUGGAAGGAGGACUUGGGCCCUGUUGAUAUAGAUUUCAGCGAAGGGUCUUUCUUCGGUGGGACGCCUGCUGCCAUCACAUCUUACCGGCACAUGUAUUACAGCUACCAUGACGAAUAUUUGUCACGGAAUAUGUUCGUAGGCAAGGAUCAGACAUUGAUCAACGCCUUGAUUUUCCUCUUUCCAUCACGUUUCGCGACGGUAUGGCUGUUUGAUCAAGAAGCGCCAGCGCACAAGGGCGUGCCAGACAACUCAGAGACACCUCUAGGCGCCUGUGGGAGCUCAUGGUUCUAUUACCAGUGGUGGUUAGCAAGCGCGGAAGAACAGGAGAAGACCGCGGGCAUUUGGAUGCGCGUGGAGGAUUAUUCGAAGGAGAGCUGGUCGCGAUGGCGGACACGGUGUCGUGUGACGAGGGUAAUGGGGAUGGAUAUGGUGCUGAAGAGACAAUUUGGCAGAAUGUGGACGCAUCCUUCAUCAUCGUUCACCAUCAAGGAUAUUCAACGCCAUAUCUAG